AUGACAACCUCCCUCGGCUCGUACAAGUAUUUCCCCUUAGGAAGUGAUGAUACCAUUCGCGUGGUUGAGAUUGCUCCAAGCCCGGACCCAGAUGCACCGAUUGAAUGCACUCUAUUGCUCCGAAGACUGUCCGAAGAUGAGCCGGAAUAUGAAGCACUCUCCUACACGUGGGGAGAUGCAGCAGAUAGAGUGUCAAUCACUGUUACAGCGGCUUCUUGUGCGUCAAUCAUGGUUACGAUGAAUUGCUUUAAUGCGCUGAGGAGCCUCCGUACCCCUGAUAAGGCCCGUACGAUGUGGGUUGAUGCCAUAUGCAUCAACCAGGACGACCUAUCUGAACGAUCAGCUCAAGUCCGAAUGAUGUUCGACAUCUUUUUCAGAGCUUCCCGUACCAUGGUCUAUCUUGGCGAAGAAACAACAGAAAGUGAGAUCGUCUUCAACGAGCUGAUCGAGGCUGCACCGCUUCCCCGAAAUUUUAAGGCCUUGUCGGGAGGCCAUGUGGUUCACAGGGCACGGCCGAGACCAAACUCAGAGUUGGCGCUGGCGCUCGAAGCUCUUCUAAGGCGACCUUGGUUCCAGAGAGUCUGGGUACUACAAGAAGUGUACGCAAGUGAACGUCCAUGGGUGAUGUGUGGACCGCGCGCCGCGCCAUGGGACACGUUUCAGGAUUUCACUCUUGGAUAUACAGGCACUAAAAUCACAAGGGAUGAACUGCCAUUCAGUGUUUUUGUCUAUGGGCCAGCUUACACAAGUCCAUGGGACAGGCUAUUCAAGCUUCUGGCCAACACCCAGCCGAGCUUAGCCACUGAUCCGAGAGACAAGGUGCUGGCCUUGAAAGCCUUUCUUGGCCAAGGCCGAGAUCAACUGGAUCCUUUCAUCGACUACUCAAUGCCCGUCGAGGACCUUUACCAGAAGGUCGCAGAGAAACUUCUGCAGUGUCUCGGAUCGCGCGUCUUAUCUGCUAUUCGGCAUCCGCACAAUCGGACUAUGCCAUCCUGGGCACCUGAUUGGUCUCGGUAUUAUCCCUUGCGCGGCCUUUUCCCCUUUUACGAUAGCUCUGACCUCUGUCCUUCAUCCGUGGGGUGGCCACAAUGGGACAGUACCCUGCCACCGAGUACGAGCGUUUUCCGCACUCUGGAGCUACAAGGCCGACUGCUUGGACCGAUCACGGAACUGGGGGAUACUGUUUCACUCGGCAACUACGACGAUGCGAAACGGCGAUUGUACAAUAUUAUCGAACAUCUCGGACCCAUACUCGAUGACCAAGACAGCAAGGACAGCACUAUUUGCACGCCCCGACUCCCAUUUCCAGCUGGAUUCCUAGCAGCGCGAUCAGUUGCUCAGUAUUGGUCGCCUUUCCGUUGGACUAAGUUCUUGACCCGCUGCUUCUUAGUCUUCGAUAAAGAGGAGUCAUGUAUGGACUACGAAAACUGGACAGCGAUGUACCAGUCACUGGAUCAUUGCAGAGUAGUGGUGAUUGGAGACGAAUUUGUCGGGAUUGCCCCCGAGCAAGCAGUCAUGUCCGACCUUGUUUACACCAUCAAAGGUGGCACUCAAGCAUGCAUCCUUCGUCCAGCGCCUAAUAACAUGUUCCGCUUGAUUAGCGGCGACUGUUACGUGGAGCAUAUGGAUGGCAUGCAGCUGGACAGUAUGCUCGACGAAGAGGACAAAUAUUUCGAAGGCCGUGAAUUCGAAAAGCUGAUAAUAUGCUAA